AUGUGCGAUGCGUCCAUGUCCCGGUCCAGAAAGCUUCCUCCCAAGCGCCAGGUGUACUGGUGGUCUACGGAAAUCGCGCAAAUGCGCAGAGCGUGUCUAGUGGCUAGACGCCGGUACACCCGAUGCCGAAGGCGGCGGCGCAGGGAUUUGGACCUGGAAACCGAGUUGUACACCUCCUUCAGACAGGCCAAGAUGACUUUACAAGCGGCUAUAGCUUCAGCGAUUGCUGUUGCCAGGGAGGAGUUUUUGGCUGCACUUAACCGUGAUCCGUGGGGGAGGCAGUACAGGAUGCGGGAGGAGCACUCGCCACCUUCGAUGGCACGACCCAGCACGGAGAUGACCGACCCAAGCUUGGAUAUACCGGAGGUGACUCCGGGAGAGUUCGGCGCUGCCGUCCUUAGGAUGAAACUCAAAAGCGCCGCCCCGGGUCCCGACGGCAUCCCGGGACGAGCCUGGGCACUGGCCCUGGGGGAUGCCCUGGAGCCUAGGUUGAGGGAGAUGUUUACUGCCUGUCUGGCCCAAGCCAUAAUUCCACAGAGGUGGAAGACAGGCAGACUCGUCCUCAUCCGGAAGCAGGGGCGUCCCAUGGACUCGCCCUCCGCCUAUCGACCGAUAGUGUUACUCGACGAUGUGGGGAAGCUCUUUGAAAGAGUUGUUGCUGGCCGCAUCGUCGAGCACCUUGAAAACGUUGGUCCGAAUCUGGCGGAGAGGCAAUUCGGGUUCCGCAAGGGUCGGUCAACCAUCCACGCGGUGUUGCAAGUUAGGUCUCUCGCGCAGGAAGCAGUGUCCCAGGGCGGAGUCGUCCUGGCGGUGUCUCUUGACAUCGCCAACGCCUUUAACACUCUGCCCUGGGCUUGCAUUAGGGAGGCGCUCCGGUUCCAUGGAGUGCCCCUCUACCUGCGCCGUACCAUCGAGGCUUACUUGUCGCAUCGCCGUGUAGAGUUUCCGUGCCAAGACGGGCAUCGAACCAUCGAGGUGACGUGCGGUGUUCCACAGGGGUCGGUGUUAGGGCCACUCCUGUGGAACUUAGGCUAUGACUGGGUGCUACGUGGCGCCUAUCUCAGGGGUGUCGAGGUGAGGUGUCGAGGUGUCAGGGGUGUUACGCUGAUGACACCCUUG